AUGACAGCUGAAGUUGCGCCGCGGAAAUGUAUGGGGGUGGAAUGCGAGAAAAAUGCCGGCACUCUCCAAUGCCCGACAUGUCUCAAAAUGGGCAACGAUAGUUUCUUUUGUUCGCAAGACUGUUUCAAGCGAAGCUGGGGCGAGCACAAGACCGUUCAUAAAUCGAAGACAACGGGGCAAUUCAACCCCUUCCCAUCCUAUCCCUUCGCCGGAUCUUUGAGACCUGUUUAUCCCUUGUCUGCCACGAGAACGAUCCCCAAAACGAUCCCUCACCCCGACUAUGCCAAGGACGGCAUCCCCCGCUCGGAGCAGAAGUUCCUGGGCCAGCGGAAUAUCACAAUCUUGAACAAGGAGCAACAGGAGGGAAUGCGGAAGGUCUGCCGCCUGGCUCGUGAGGUCCUGGACAUCGCCGCGGCGGAAUUGAAGCCCGGAGUCACCACCGAUUACCUGGACGAGGUCGUGCACAAGGCCUGUAUAGAACGCGAGUCCUACCCGUCGCCCUUGAAUUACAUGCAUUUCCCGAAGUCCGUCUGCACUUCGAUCAACGAGACCAUCUGUCACGGCAUUCCCGACCAACGACCUCUUGAGGACGGUGACAUCAUCAACAUCGACGUGACCCUGUACCACAACGGCUACCACGGCGAUCUUAACGAAACCUACUAUGUCGGAGACAAGGCCCGGGCAAACCCGGACGCCGUUCGCGUCGUCGAGACUUCGCGCGAGUGUUUGGAUAAAUCCAUCGAUUUGGUCAAGCCCGGCAUGCUUUUCCGGGACCCCGGAAAUGUGAUUGAGAAGCAUGCCAAGAGCCGCAACUGCAGCGUGGUCAAGAGCUACUGCGGUCACGGUAUUAACCAGCUGUUCCAUUGCGCGCCCAAUGUUCCCCAUUACGGUAAGAACAAGGCCGUGGGUACCGCUAAACCCGGCAUGUGCUUCACGAUUGAGCCUAUGAUCAACCUUGGAACUUACCGGGAUCGCACGUGGCCCGACGACUGGACCAGCACCACGGCCGACGGGUCUCUAUCUGCGCAAUUCGAACACACUCUUCUAGUGACAGAAGACGGCGUUGAGGUUCUGACUGCUCGUCUGGAAAACUCGCCCGGUGGUCCCAUCCCUAUGCCCGUCGUUGACGAGGCCGCGAAGACUGAGGCAUGA